GCCCUGCGCCUGCGCCGCCCGUGCCCGCCCCCUCCCCUCGCCUUUGUUCGGGGUUGGGCGCCAUUUUGCGCGGCGGCUGAGUGGAGGCGCUGAUUGGGUUUCGGGGGCCGGUGGCGGAGCCAAUCAGCGCGGGACCCGAACCGGGGGAGCGAGGCACGAUACACAGACCGAGGUGUGCCUUUUACUGUCUUGGAACUGAAGCGCUAUGGAGCAGUACACAGCGAAUAGUAACAGUUCCACAGAGCAGAUCGUUGUGCAGGCUGGACAGAUUCAGCAGCAGCAGCAGGGUGGUGUCACUGCUGUCCAGUUGCAGACUGAGGCCCAGGUGGCAUCCGCCUCAGGCCAGCAAGUCCAGACCCUCCAGGUAGUCCAGGGUCAACCGCUGAUGGUCCAAGUAAGCGGAGGCCAGCUGAUCACAUCGACCGGGCAGCCGAUCAUGGUGCAGGCUGUGCCUGGGGGUCAGGGCCAGACGAUCAUGCAAGUCCCAGUUUCUGGAACACAGGGACUGCAGCAGAUUCAGUUGGUCCAGCCAGGUCAGAUUCAGAUUCAAGGUGGGCAGGCUGUGCAGGUACAGGGGCAGCAGGGCCAGACCCAGCAGAUCAUUAUACAGCAGCCACAGACUGCAGUUACUGCUGGCCAGACACAGACUCAGCAACAAAUAGCAGUUCAAGGACAACAGGUAGCACAAGCAGCUGAAGGCCAGACCAUAGUCUAUCAGCCAGUUAAUGCUGAUGGAACCAUUCUCCAACAAGUUACAGUCCCUGUUACAGGCAUGAUCACCAUUCCAGCAGCCAGUUUGGCUGGAGCGCAAAUUGUCCAAACGGGAGCCAACACCAAUACAACCAGUAGUGGACAAGGGACUGUCACAGUGACCCUGCCAGUUGCUGGAAACGUUGUCAAUUCAGGUGGAAUGGUUAUGAUGGUACCUGGAGCUGGAUCAGUACCAGCUAUCCAGAGAAUACCUUUGCCUGGAGCAGAAAUGCUGGAAGAAGAGCCCCUCUAUGUAAAUGCCAAGCAGUAUCACCGGAUCCUUAAGAGGAGGCAGGCGCGUGCUAAGCUUGAAGCGGAGGGAAAAAUCCCCAAAGAAAGAAGGAAAUACUUGCAUGAAUCUCGGCAUCGCCAUGCCAUGGCCAGGAAGCGGGGAGAAGGUGGACGUUUCUUCUCACCAAAGGAAAAAGACAGCCCUCAUAUGCAGGAUCCAACUCAGGCCAAUGAAGAAGCAAUGACACAGAUGAUCAGAGUCUCCUAACCACUGCUUAAAGAAAAAAAAUAAUAACUGAGUGGAAUUCCCGUCCCUUCUGCAAGUCUGUCCUACCUUUCCAGUGUAUCAAGCAAGUCUUUCAAUGGGACAAUCGCCAUAUCACAGCCUAUCCUUUUCUACAGAACAAGCACCACGUUUUCAGUACAUGGUCGAGAUUUUAACUGCAGUUGACUCAACAAAUGGAAACUUAACGACACUCUUGGUAUACUGUUCUGAUCCAGCGCAGGGAUUUCGGAGGCUGACUGCUCAUGCCUUUCUUUUUCUUUUAAACAUCUCUUGUGUUAAGAUUGGCCAUGGGUGAGAGUGUGCCACUGACUCAGUGAUCAGCAAUAACUCUGGCAUGCUGAAGCAGGGCCAGCAAAGACCUCUUGGACAUACGGCCCUUCUGUACAGAGACAUAAUCCGGUUUAUAGCAACCAGCUGUGGCGCAGCUUCACCACAGUACUUUGUUUUCCCAGCAGAGACUUGUUAUUUACAUGCACUCUUUACACUUUCGGAAUUUUAUGGUCAACUGAACUGCUUCCUGUUGUUGCAUCUGCACUUCUGAAACUGGCAGAAACUGAAGGAGGUUCUUUGAAGUUCCACCUUGUAAAAUAUGUAAACAGCAAGCUCUUCUCUGGGAAAAGUUCAGCUGUCCAGUCACAAUGAUAGAAAUAUCUCAAGACGAUUGCAGGAUUUAAUAUAUUGUGUAUCUGUUCCAAGAAGGGAGAGGGUGAUGUGAGGAUAAGGAUUUAACUAGUAAAAGCAAUCUCUGGAUGUUUUUUGGUAUGUUUAUUGCCAGUAGUUGUUGCUUUGGAAGAAAAGUAGAUGCUAGUAUAAAAAGGAUUAAAACUUAUAAGUGAGUCUCUUCCAAAGGAUUUUGUUGGGGUUUUUUUAUUCUGCCUUCUAACCUGCAGUCCAGUGCAUGGUUCCUCCAAAACACGUAAAAUCUGCAAUCUCAGAGUGAUAGCACUUGACCAUCUUUGUGAUGGCGUUUCUUCAUGUCUGUUCUAAAUCCGUUCUACAAUUCUCUCAUUCUGCACGGGGUGAGGGAUUGUUUCAUGACAGCAGAAGCAUAGGGCAGCUCAGCUCAGCUCAUCCUGAUGUAACUGAACUGUUAGACAAAUGAAGGCAGGUAUUGAUGAACCUUUCAGGCUUUUAAUAGACUAUCCUCUUUAAAUAAAUAAAAAAGUGGCGCUUAAUGAAGGAGGAGUACUUGUAUUUAAAAAAAAAUAUUUCAUGAUCUAUAUCUGGCUUCUGGCUGAGUAUCUUGACAAAACAUGUCUUGAUCUUUAAUUCCUUAGCUCAUUACAGAUUUUAAGCUUGCUCCAUUCUUACUAAUUUGAAAUUUGGUGAUGGAAGCUGUAAUGCUUAUUUUAACAGUUGAUACUUGCAUCUUUCCAUUCCCGUCUCCUCCGAUCUUGAAUAAGUUUUACAGGCUCUCUAUGUAUCACUUGCAUGCUAUAGUCCUAUUGCUUCCAAUUUUUGUGUUCUGUAAAACAUAAAAAAUGCAUCAUGUCAGUUAAGCAUGGGAUUGGAAGUACAGCCAGGCGUUGUCACUGAGGGAGAUCUUAAUGAACCUGAAUAGGUAAAGUGUGAGGUGUGUGUUUUUGAGGAAGGCAUCCAAGGACGGGAGAGACUGCUUUAGAUUCAGUGAACUCUGUUUUCAAAUGGGGGUGGGGGGACGGACACGAAAAAUACAUCCCAUAUUGUCACCCUCUUAUGUUUUUCCCAUUUACUGAAAGCUUAUGACUAAAUGCAAAAUGGAGGACAAAUUAGCAAGUUAUAGAAGGCUGGGAGGAUACAAAACUACACAGCCUUGAACAUUCUAUUUAUUUGGAUAAAAGAGAAAAAUACUAGACCUAAGAGUAUGAGAAGAUGGGAAGGAGUGCAAGAGGAGUGAGCAGAAAUGUGGAUAAAUGUUAGAUUCUACCUUGCCAGCAGGCAAUCUUGGAAGAAGAGCGUGCCUGUCUAGAUGCUAAGGAUGACAAUGUUUAGGUCAGCCAUCCGUGGAGUUACGUAGCCAGUGAAAGAACAAAGCAGAAAUGCAGAUUUGGUAUUUGUAGUUAGGCAGCUGGAUUUCCUAAAUUGAGUUCCGUUCAUUUUCCUUCUGAAUUUUUAGUUCCAUGCUCUUACUCUUACCACAGCUGACAUGGUGAGAAAGAAACUGUUCAACACCCGGUGGCACCUGCAGCUAUGGGAGGAGAUGGCCUACUACUUGAUGUGCAAAUAAAUCCGCUCACAGAUCUUACAUUAGGAUUUUUUUCUAAUGAUUCAAAAGGCAUUUGCUUACCUCCGUUGCAUUGAUGGCAUCUUUGGUGCCUUUGGUUGCUUCCGCCUUAAAAUACUUGGCCAAUUAGAGCAUGGUGCUUAUUUUCUUCAGUUGGCAACUAUGAAAUCCUCACCUAGCAUUUCUGCGAGGUCACCCAUUUCAGGAAAUAUGUAGCUCUCUUAGUGAAGGAGUAACAAAACAUUUGCUUUAGUUGAAUUUGCAGCAUUAUUGUAAAUAUAUAUAUUUUUUUUAGAUCAUCUGUACAUUUUGUCAGUGUUGGAGGAGUAUUUCUGUGCUGGAGUAAGACAGCUUCUCCGUAACGUGUCUGCUCUUCAACUGAUGGCUCAUCUCUGGAGAAACCCCUUUCAGAGCUGGAAGUUAGGGAAGCAAGAUUAUUGCUCUGACAUAGGUAUUUUUUUUAAUGAGUAAUUACUUCUUUUCUUAAAGAACGUGUAAACUUCUUCAAGACAGCUAGAACUUUUUUCCCAAUAAGCCUUUCAUAUAUAGGUUCUCUGAUCCGUUGUUGUAGAACGUGUAUUAAGACCUAUGGAUUUGUGUUAUGUAGAAAGUCUUAUCGUUAAUAUUUUAAAUAGUGAUGUGAAAGCCUGAGUGCUACUGUCAUAUUUUUCAUUUGCUUUGGGUUACGUGUAUUCACUUCUAAAAGUAGUGUUUGCUUGGUGAGAUUGGAGUUAUUGGUCAACACCAUGUUACCAAAAAAAGUCUGCUUUCUUUUCCUGUGCAAAUUUGUUAAAUUGGAGACAUCAUCAAGUUCAAACCUCUCUAGUAAUUCUAUGAGAAUUCUUUGUGGAUUUGCUACACUUGAGCAAAAACUCCACCCUGGGAGCGCAUAAAGGAGUGGAUGAGGAUAAAAGAGGCUUGGGGAGAAGGAGGAACGUGGUCAAUAGACCCAGAGAGCGUUGGAGCCGCGAACUGAUCAAAAACGAGUUUUCUAUGAGUGUAAGAAUGGGAUGUGGAAAACGGUCCUCAAGUGAUGCUAAAUGGCUUUAAGGCCUUGCAUGUGAAAAAGAGGGGGGGGGAAAGGAAAUCUUUUCUUUGCGAAUGGGUGUGGGAGGGUACCGAGAUUAAUGUAAUGUAAGGCAAUGUUUGUAUAUAGUUAAAAGUUUAUAAUUUUUUUUAUAUGAUGCCUUUUUUCAAGUGUAUUUUGGUCUUUAAUAGAUGCAAUUGUAAGUACUGUGUACACUAUCCAGCUAAUAAAAAUUUAU